CUCGCAAUGACGGGAGUAUCAAUGCCACCUACGGACUACGAGUCCUUUGGUCUGAUAAAGUUUUAUAUCUGUGUGUGAAUCUCUUGACAUUAACGACGAAAACAUGGUGUCGCUCCGCUUCCCUUUCUCGUUUUCUCAGCCUUCGGGACACCCCCCAAGGUACCGCAACUCUCGCCCAUGCUCUGUCGCUAAAGUUGCUGUGGUUGCCGUUGCCGCCGCUGCCGGAGCCACCGCUGCAUAUGCCUCCUCACAGAACCCAAUCUCACAACACCCCUUUCUUCAUAACGCUUUGAAUUUCCUUUUCUCUUCUGCAAAUUCGCUGCCUUUGUGGGGUUCUCUGAGUUUGGCUGAUAGUUCGCAGCCCGUUACGGAGCCGAGGACUGGAGCGUCUUUUCCAUCAGCUCUUGGCGAUUCGCAGAAACUUUGCGGGGUGGGGAUACGUAAGAAAAGCAUUUUGGGAUUGAAGAACAUUGAUGUCUAUGCAUUCGGUGUUUAUGCUGAUGAUAAUGACAUUAAGAAAUUGCUUGCUGAGAAAUACGGGAAAUUUUCUGGCUCUGAAUUGAAGGGAAAAAAGGACUUUAUUGAAGAUCUUAUGGAAAAUGAUAUAUGCGUGACAGUUAGACUCCAAAUAGUCUACGGUAAAUUGAGCAUCCGCUCUGUACGUAGUGCAUUUGAAGAGUCAGUAGGAAGCAGACUGCAAAAAUUUGGGGGAUCAGAUAAUAAAGAAUUGCUUCAAAGGUUCACUUCUCAAUUUAAAGAUGAAUACAAAAUACCACGAGGAUCAGUAAUUCAUCUCUCAAGAGAUCGGGAUCAUGUUCUUCGAACAUCAAUUGAGGGAGAGGAAGUGGGAAGCAUCCAAAGUAAACUACUCUGUCGGUCAAUUCUAGAUUUAUAUAUCGGGGAGGAACCAUUCGAUAAAAAGGCCAAAGAAGAUGUUGAGCUCAAACUGGCCUCUUACCUCCAGAAAUAGACUGUUAGUAUCAAGAAUCUACCACGUGAUGUGUAUGGAUUUUAACCUUGUCUUUUCUUAUGUGAUUUUACUUACACGCAUCUAGAGAGAUACGAAAGAGCAUAGAUGUAUAUGGGGUUUAUUUCCCAUCUUUAAACUUCUCUAUUUCAUCUAUUUUUCUCUCUAAAUAUGCUGUAGAUGAUCGCCGUAGCGAAUGCAGAGAAUCAGUGGUGUGCACUGAGCAAUCUAGGAAUGGUUUUCUAUUGCAUAAUAGCUUAAUGUUCUAAGAUGCUGUAGCAGACAUGUAAUAUUAUGGUAUU